CGCACCGUCUCUUGUUUGCAGGUUUCCUGGUCAGUCCGUCUGAUGCUGGAGUCGGAGUCGCGUCUCGGUAGAUAAUCUCAUCGAUCUGUUCUUCUGAUUGCAUCGAUAUGAAGGCGCUAAUAGGGCUGCUGCUGUUGGUCUUUGGUCACGAUGUGUCCUCGGUGAUUCACUCUCUGCAGUUUUUCUACACGGGGACGUCUGGACUCUCAACCUUCCCAGAGUUUGUGAUUGUUCAGAUGGUGGAUGAGGUUCAGAUUGAGUACUAUGACAGCAACACCCAGAGAAUCAUAACCAAACAGGACUGGGCGGACCAGGAUUACAGAGAAGACCCAGACUCCCUGGAGAGGGCAAAUGAAAGGAGAAAGGGUAACCAGCAGGUCGCCAAAGUCAACAUGGGGACUCUGAAGAAGCGCUUUAACCAGACAGGAGGUGCCCACAUUGUUCAGACCAUGUAUGGCUGUGAGUGGGAUGAUGAGGAUGGUACUACUGAGGGUUAUGAGCAGCAUGGUUAUGAUGGAGAGGACUUCCUAUCGUUGGACCUGACGACCCUGACCUGGGUCGCUCCAGUACACCAGGCUUUCACAACCAAACUGAGAUUUGAUCACGAUAGAGCUUAUAAUCAAUACAAGAAGAACUACUACACCAAGGAGUGUGUUGAUGACCUGAAGAAGCUCCUGGCCUACGGGAAGAGCACUCUGCAGAGAACAGAGCGUCCGCAGGUGUCUCUGCUCCAGAGGAGCCCCUCCUCCCCAGUGGUGUGCCAUGCUACAGGCUUCUACCCUGACAGGGUGGUGGUGUUCUGGAGGAGAGACGGCCAGGAGCUCCAUGAGCAGGUGGACCCCGGGGAGGUCCUCCCCAACCACGACGGGACCUUCCAGGUCAGCGUGGAACUGUACCUCACGGCCGUCCCACAGGAGGACUGGGGGAGGUACGAGUGUGUGGUCCAGCUGAAAGGCAUCGAGGACAUCUCCACCCCCCUGGACCCCGCCCACAUCAGGACCAACGGGGGGGACAAUCACAUCCUUGCUUUCAUCCUCACUGGAGUUGCUGUUGUUGCUGCUUUUGCUGUUGUUGUUGGAGUCUUUCUGUACCAGAAGAGGAACGAUUCAGAAAAGUGUCACAAACCAGUUGAUUCUGACACCAGCUCUGAGAACUCUGAGGGGCAGAAACUGGCUCCUGAGUACCAACCUCUGUCCACAGGUCAAAGUUAAAUCAUGAAGAGGCUUCUCACGUUCAGCUCCUGAACCAGGAUGGAGUGGAUCGCGGUUCAUUUAUAAUCCUUACAAUCAGGCUUGGGACUUCAGUUAACUGCAGGUUCUGCAUUUGCUAAAUUACAAUAUUCAUCUUUAACUUUAUUUUGAUAACAAUCAUCAAUCUGUAAGAAGCGUAAAUCAUUAGAUCUCGCUAUUUGUGAUAGAUUUGAUUAACUCACUGGCUAAAAACUGCAAUCUUUCACUGACGCUUGGAAACCAUGGCAACACAACCUCGCCAUGAUGGCCAUUUGGGUCCCGCCGCUUCACGUUAAAACCUUUUAAUUAUGUUAUAUUGUUUGGUAAUAUUUAAGUUUAAAAUAAUGUUCAAAGAUUCUGAAUCAAGAUUUUGGACAGUGAGAUUCUGUCAAGUUUCAAUACAAUAAUCGAUUAAUUUAAUGUGUUUCAUUAAAAUAUAUUAUUUGAGAGUUCUGCUAGAGCAUUGCAUAGUCUACCAUAAUCGUAGUAGGCUGCUUUUGCCUUAAUGCUCUUUGAUGUAUUUUCUGUGUUCUUUUGGGAAUUGGAUAGUAUACUGGGUUAUUCUGUCAAUAAAAUACAUAAAAAUGG